GGAAUCAGAGAGGCACAGUUGUUGUCCGGAGUUGGAUAAAUUGCUGAUGGCUAGCUGUGCCUCCUACUUACACAUAUCUGUGUGUGUGAGUGUGUGUGUGUAUGUAUGUGUGUGGCGUUGGCGGAGGAGUAGUGGUCUAGUGGGUCCUCUGCCAUCCGUUUGUCGUACCGUACCAAGGUAAUUAAAGGGAGGCAGAUCUUGUGUUCGGGUUUUGCGCGCCGCAAUCUCAUUGGCUGAGAGCUUUUGACGAGGACCGACGUCGUCCAAUGAGGAAAAUGGAUGUGUUUCAGAAAAGAGCUUGACGAGAACGAGUGCCAGAUCACGCUACCUUAAUGUGGUGUCUUAUAUUUUAAAAAAGAUGGAGAGCAUCCAUGGAGGCAAAAAUGACCCUACUCCAGUGGAUUAUCUUCAUCCCAGACCUAGUUUACAAUUGCCCACGUUAAAUUUUUCGGUGCAGCAAGUGGCAACAGUGUGUGAAACUUUAGAAGAAAGUGGUGAUAUUGAGCGGCUGGGUCGGUUUCUAUGGUCCUUACCCGUGGCUCAUCCGAACACAGAAGAGCUCAACAGUAAUGAAUCGGUCCUUCGAGCCAAGGCCAUUGUGGCGUUUCAUUUGGGAAAUUUCAAGGAGCUCUACAGAAUCCUCGAAUCCACACGGUUCACUUCCAAGGACUCCCACCUCAAACUCCAGACUUUGUGGCUGGAGGCUCACUACCUGGAGGCCGAAAAGAUGAGGGGCCGACCCCUGGGGCCAGUUGACAAAUACAGAGUGAGGAAAAAGUACCCCUUGCCCCGAACCAUCUGGGACGGUGAGCAGAAGACCCAUUGCUUCAAAGAACGGACACGCAGUUUACUCAGAGAGUGGUAUCUCCAAGACCCGUAUCCGAAUCCGGGUAAAAAGCGUGAACUCGCCCAAGCCACGGGACUUACUCCAACCCAAGUGGGAAACUGGUUCAAAAACAGAAGACAAAGAGACAGAGCAGCGGCGGCAAAAAAUAGAUUCAAUCAAGGUUGCAGCGGUGACGAUUCGAAAGAUGGCGACCGCGUGGACUUGGGAAGCGACGAUUCGGACUCGGAGCUCGAUAUUGAGGGCACCACGAAUAUGUCGGACCAUUCGAGUGAGGCCUCUCCUAAGGAACAGCUCGAGGCAAGCACCACAAAAGAAAACGAGUCUCAAAAGGAUUGGUCCAAACCCGACCACCAUCACCCGCAUCAUCAUUCGACGAGCAAUCUUCAUGGAUUGUUUGUACCCUUCUUCCCAAAUAAUCACAAUCUAGCCUAUCCAUAUCCCUUUCAGCAACAUCUCUUCCUCAAUAAGGAUUGAGACUUGAGCUAGAUUUCCCAUUCCUAAACAUCUUCCUCUCCCUGUUUCCUGCAACCAUCGUCAUUAUCUCUAUCAACAAAAAACAACAACAACACCAGCACCACCACCAUGGAACAUUGUCAACAUCAACCCACGCAACACCACAACCACCAUGCAUUGUCUCCUUUUACUUGACUUUGUAUAGCUAGUCAAAUCAUAAAAGUGAUUUCUAAAUAUUGAUGCCCAUUUUAGUGAAUAAAUGAAAAGACCUUUUUUCGUUUGCA